CGGCAGUGUGGAGGACCCCUGCGGCGAGGCUGAAAGGCUGAAGAAAAGCCAAGGAUACCGUUAACGAUAACUCGUUGUCGCAACGCGCCGAUGGCGCAUCAACUGCAAGAACCUAUUCCGUUUACCGCACUAUACCUGGAUGCUGGAUGGCUCGUUCCUGACAGCUGCCUCCCGUAAUAAAGCAACGAUGACGGUUUGCCGAUUCUACCAGCAAGGCUACUGCCGAUACGGAAAUGCCUGCAAGUUCGAACACCCUCCCAAAGGAGGGCAGCAAAACUACAAUCGCUUCGGCGUCUUCGGUGGGCAAACCGGUCCAGCCACGAGCGGGCGAGCAGCAGACUCGCCGCCAUACCCCGGUCUGACCGCCGACGCUAUCCAGCGAGAUCUAACGAGCGAGCUGCCACAAUGGAUUCUGUCGUGCUACGGCCCGGGAAGGGAUGCGCCCGAGCAGCUCUGGGGGGGCUAUCCGCGCGAGCAAAGUUUUGAGGAGAUAAGGCUGCAUUACAUGAUGGGGGCCAUGGCUGGGAACCCCAACGGGGCCCUCAACGACAUCCAGACGCUGUACCAGAACGCUAUGGACCAGAUCCAGCACACCGUCAACAACAUCCCAGCGGCGAUACAGUUCAUUCUGGACGCGGAAAAGAGACAUCCGAACCGCAUCGACGUGUGUAAGGGCUCAACCGGGCAGGCCGCUGCUGGCGGCGCGUUUGGAACCACGGCGAAUGCUUUCCAACCGGCGGCUCCCCCGAGAAAUCCGUUUGGCGCACCCGCCACCCCCACAUCCUCGGUCGGCAGCGCCUUUGGACAGCCCUCGGCUUUGGGUCAGAAGCCCAGUCCGUUUGGCGCGCCGGCGACUGGCUUCGGUCAAGCCGCUCAGCCGGCUUUCGGGCAGCCGUCGACAUUAGGAGGGACGCCAGCUUUUGGGCAAACAAGCGCAUUAGGGGUGAAGCCCAAUCCAUUUGGGGCGCCAGCCCUGACUCAGCCGACACAACCGGCGGGCGGAUCGGGAUUUGGCCAGCCGGCAUUCGGGCAGCCGGCAACUUUGGGGGCAAAGCCAAACCCAUUUGGAGCUCCAGCUAGCGGAGGAGGCUCGUUUGGUGUGACGCAACCAGUCCCGCCGAACAAUCCCUUCGGCCAGCCAGCGCAGCCGCAGGCGCAAAACGCUCCCUCCCUGUUCGGCCAGCCAGCCACUGCUCAACCUGCGAACAACCCAUUCGGCCAGCCGUCGACAACAAGUCCCUUUGGCCAACCAGCACCAGCCGCAGCGAAGCCCUUUGGCCAGCCGCAACAGGCGCCAGCAACCCAGCCCUUCGGCGGCCCCGCGACGACCGCCGCCGCCCCCCCCGCGCUCAACGCCUUCGCGCAACCAGCACCAACAACAACAACCUCCACCGCCACCGCCGCUGCAUCCGCAGCCGCCAGCGCCGGCCAGGCCGCCAACCCCUACGGCCCCGGCGCCACGCGCCAGCACCCGGACCCGUCGACCUACAGCACCCGCGACGCCGACGGCCGGCUGCGCACGUUCAAGGGCCGGCCGGUGACGUACGAGACGCCGCGCAACGGCGGCAAGCCGGUGCCCGUGCUGCGCAACUUCGACGGCAGCGCCGUGCGCAUCUGGAUGCCCAACGGCCCGCCGCCGUACACGGCCGACUCCGAGGCCGAGCCGGCCCAGUACGAGGACGAGGCCGUCAAGGAGCAGUGGCGGUACUUUGUGGAGACGGGCCGGUUCAAGGACGGCGUCAUGCCUGAGGUGCCGCCUAAGAGGGAGUUUUGUUUGUGGGAUUUUUAGCUAUAUGUAGGUUGUAUGGGGGAGCAUGUCGCUGGGAAAGAUCGAUGGGAUUUGGCGAUCGCGCAUGGAUGCAACGCGCGAGUGUGGCAGGUUAUAUCAUGGAGGUAGAGCAUGGCCGAGGCGUU